AUAAGGACAGAAUCAGUGAGAAGUGCAGUUCUGCUCUCUAUUCCCUGUUUUGUUUGCUUCAGGUUCAUAAUUUAUGCAGGCAGGGAAGUGAAAAGAUGCUAUUGGAUAUUUCUACAGGCAGUGAUUGAAACUUGGUUAUUUUUGAUCUGUGCUCUCUCCACCCAGUAGCUGUUAUCAUCCACCACCAUCCUCAUAGCUGUGAAUUUGUAACGUUGUACUGUACCUGCUACCCAGUUUCCCUUAAUAUCUGUCGGCAGCCAGGAAGAGAAAGCAAGGUUUUCAUUCUGUGCGUUCCGAAAAGGAAAAAAUAAGGAAAACCUUUGCUUGCUGCCUUUUUUUUUUUUUCUUAAAUUGCUCAAGAUUAUAUUCAUCUUUGUAAUUACAGAUAGAGAGGGAAUGUAAGAGGUGGAAAGCUGUGGAAGAAAAAAAAGAACCAGCUAGCAAGAAUUUUCUUUUCCUGGUUUGUAAACGAUGCUGCUGUAAUUCUAUCUGCAUUUUUUGUUGUUGGUUUUUAUUUUUUUUUUUUUUUUUCCUACUCAUUCACCACUCAGCAGCUGGUAGGGAAUUAAGACUGCCUGGCAACCACCUGCAGAGCUGCAGAGAUGAAUUACAUUUUCGGAAAUAACACACUCCUCUAUUCUCGCGCCAGUCGAGGCAACACUGGCUCCAGCCACAGCUCUGUAGGCCCCAAACAGAAGCAGUGGGCAAAGAAAGGCUCAACAGAUGAGUUACGGACUGAGCCUUCCCGGUGGCAGCAGAUAGUGGCAUUUUUCACUCGGAGACAUGCGUUCAUUGACUGCAUUUCUGUUGCUGCCAGCUCCACCCAGCCCACAGAAGCUGUUCCUUCCUCUUCUCCCAUUGUCCCUGUGAUCCCUGUCCCACCAGUCCCUGCUGAGACCAUCCCAUCCACCAUACCACAGGCAAAUCCCCCCCCAGUGCUGGUGAAUACAGAUUCUUUGGAGACUUCAACAUAUGUCAAUGGCACAGAUGCAGAUUACGAGUAUGAAGAAAUUACUCUUGAAAGGGGAAAUUCAGGACUUGGAUUUAGCAUUGCAGGUGGUACAGACAACCCACAUAUUGGGGAUGAUGCAAGUAUUUUCAUUACAAAAAUUAUUGCUGGGGGUGCAGCUGCACAGGAUGGAAGAUUACGGGUUAACGAUUGUAUCCUACGAGUAAAUGAGGUGGAUGUUCGGGAUGUGACACACAGCAAAGCAGUGGAGGCAUUGAAAGAAGCGGGAUCAAUCGUACGACUGUAUGUCAAAAGAAGAAAACCAGUCACAGAAAAAAUAGUGGAAAUCAAACUUGUGAAAGGCCCCAAAGGUCUUGGUUUCAGUAUUGCUGGUGGUGUAGGAAAUCAGCAUAUACCUGGGGACAACAGCAUUUAUGUAACCAAAAUCAUCGAAGGUGGGGCAGCACAUAAAGAUGGCAAACUUCAGAUUGGAGACAAACUUUUAGCUGUCAACAGUGUUUGCUUAGAAGAAGUUACUCAUGAAGAAGCAGUGACUGCCUUAAAAAACACAUCUGACUUUGUUUAUCUGAAGGUUGCAAAACCCACCAGCAUGUUCAUGAAUGACAGUUAUGCCCCUCCUGACAUCACAAACUCUUAUUCUCAGCCAGUGGAUAACCAUAUCAGUCCAUCUGCCUACCUGGGACAGUCCCUGCCCCCAGCAUCACCAGGGAGAUAUUCACCAAUUCCCAAAGGAAUGCUUGGAGAUGAUGAGAUUACCAGGGAGCCUAGAAAGGUCGUCCUACAUCGAGGAUCAACAGGUCUUGGUUUCAACAUUGUUGGAGGAGAAGAUGGAGAAGGAAUUUUCAUCUCUUUCAUCCUUGCAGGAGGGCCAGCUGACCUGAGUGGAGAGCUUAGGAAAGGAGAUCGUAUAAUUUCUGUAAAUGGAGUAGAUCUAAAAGCAGCAACCCAUGAACAGGCAGCAGCAGCCCUGAAGAAUGCAGGCCAAGCAGUGACUAUUGUAGCUCAGUACCGUCCAGAAGAAUACAGUCGUUUUGAAGCUAAAAUCCAUGAUUUACGGGAGCAGAUGAUGAACAGUAGCAUUAGUUCAGGAUCAGGAUCUUUGCGAACUAGCCAGAAGAGAUCCCUCUAUGUCAGAGCUCUUUUUGAUUAUGACAAGACUAAGGAUAGUGGCCUUCCAAGUCAAGGAUUGAACUUCAAAUUUGGCGAUAUUCUCCAUGUCAUUAAUGCUUCUGAUGAUGAAUGGUGGCAAGCGCGGCAGGUAACUCCAGAUGGAGAGAGUGAUGAAAUUGGAGUUAUCCCAAGCAAACGGAGAGUUGAGAAAAAGGAACGAGCCCGUUUGAAGACCGUGAAAUUCAACUCCAAAACAAGAGGAGAUAAAGGGGAGGUCCCUGACGACAUGGGAUCAAAAGGCCUGAAGCAUGUAACCUCUAAUGCCAGCGAUAGUGAAAGUAGUUACCUUAUCUUGAUUACAGAUGAGUACGGUUGUUCAAAAGGUGGCCAGGAGGAAUAUGUGUUGUCAUACGAACCAGUCAAUCAACAAGAAGUCAGUUACACUCGACCUGUGAUUGUUUUGGGACCCAUGAAAGACAGAAUAAAUGAUGAUCUGAUCUCAGAAUUUCCAGACAAAUUUGGCUCAUGUGUUCCACAUACUACUAGACCAAAACGAGAUUACGAGGUGGAUGGACGUGAUUACCAUUUUGUCACUUCUCGAGAGCAAAUGGAGAAGGAUAUUCAGGAUCACAAAUUCAUUGAAGCUGGCCAGUACAAUAAUCAUCUUUAUGGAACAAGUGUCCAAUCAGUGCGAGAAGUUGCAGAAAAGGGUAAACAUUGCAUUCUUGAUGUUUCUGGUAAUGCGAUCAAAAGGUUGCAGAUUGCCCAGCUGUACCCAAUCUCCAUUUUUAUUAAACCCAAAACAGUGGAAAAUAUCAUGGAAAUGAAUAAACGCUUAACAGAAGAGCAAGCCAGGAAGACAUUUGAGAGAGCCAUGAAACUGGAGCAAGAAUUCACUGAACACUUCACAGCUAUUGUCCAGGGAGACACUUUGGAAGAAAUCUACAACCAAGUGAAACAGAUCAUAGAGGAACAGUCUGGUCCUUACAUCUGGGUUCCAGCAAAGGAAAAAUUAUGAAAACAGAUUUUUAUUUUUCAUUUUCUAACUGACAUCACCUACUACAUCUGACGACUCUUAAGCCCUUCCAGUGGAGCCUGCCUCUAGUUCUUUCCAGCGUGGUUCAUACCCUAACCAUCACAU